AUGUGCCUCAGCGGUGCCUCAGCGGCAGUGCAGGUCGCCGCGGGAGUGAGCAGCGCACCUCUUGCGGUGGCUGCGCUAGCGCCCGCGCAGGCGGCGGAAGCGGGCCAGUGCGGCGAGACCGCUCGCACCGCGGCAGCAGGUGUGGGGGCAGAGGCGCCGGACGGGGCUGAGGCCAUGGCAGCAGAGCAAGGACAGCGCUCCUGUCGGAAGAGGCGGCUGGAGGAGCAAGUUGACGGAAGCCUGCAGGCGACUGUGGAGGGCGGGCCAACGGCACCAUCUGACCUCCAGGACUGGUGGCUUCCUGUUCGCCUGCUGCACCUCCUGCACUAUGGGGAGUUUAUCACUAGUAUGAACGACAUCUUCUUUGCUGGCAAGCGCCUUCCCAUCGCCUCCAGCAAGCGGCGCAAGGUCGACACCGUGCCGGCCACUGCCACCUUGCCGCCUGCGGCAGAAGCAGCAGGCGCCCAGAAUGGCGCCGCGGCAGGAGUGGCAGAGGCGCCCACCGCAGCGCCCCGCGCGGCCCCGCCCACCUACGGCCCAUUUGUGGUGGGCAGGGCGACCCCGGCGGCGCACACGCGCGGCGGCGGGCGGCGGAGCCUGCCGCACAGCAGCCGCUCCGCCACGCCCGCGGCGCCGGCGCCGGCAGCGCGCUCGCCUCGCGCCGCCGCCCUGGCAGCGGGCGGCGUCAGCCAGCACGGCGCCAGCCCCAUGACGGCUGCAGCGGCCGCUCCGUCGCCCACCCCAUCCCGCAAGCACGCCAUGUCCGCCGCACUCCCUGAGGAGCAGAGUGCGACGCUGCGCGGCACGGCGGCGGGCACGGGCCACGAGCCGCCGGGCAUCGCGCUGGACGUGGCGCAGCGGCGCAGGAGCGGGGGCCAAGGCCUGGGCUCUCCCAGCCCUCUGGGCCAGGCUGUCCCUGAUGGCGGCGCGCUUCAAGGAGAGCCUGCCCCCUCACCUACCACUCUGGCAGCAGGCGCACCUGGGGCGCACGUUCCUGAGCGCUUUCCGCCGCCGCUGCUGCCGCCAGCAGGGCGCCGCGGCCCUCGCGGCUCGCUCUCGCUGCCCGGGGCUGUGGCCCUGUUGGCGGCGCCAGCUCUGCCGGCAGGCGCGGCCCGCCUCGCAGCAGUGCAGGCAUCGGCUGGCACCCAGACCGAUGCCGCGGGCGCGGGCGAGAACGCGCCGCCAGCAGCGGCAGCAGCAACAGGACCGCUCGCGGGCACGGCUGCACCUGCACCAGCAGGUUCAUUGACGCGGCAGCAGCGGCACCGGGGUGACGCUAAGGGCGCCGGCCGCGCGAUCGUGUCGCCUGCGCAGCAGGGCGCCAGCACCCCGCUGCGGGAGCGCAACCGCCACGAGGACGCUGCGCAGUCGCGCGCUCCCGCUGUUGGCCAGCCGGCCUCCGGCGGCGCCCUGUGCAGCGCCCAGGCGGCGCGCCCAGCGCGUGGGCCCGCGCCGCUGCACGGUGCACGCCUCCCGUCCGCCCCAUCCCGGGCCCAGGGCGUCGCCACCUCCCCGCCGGGAAGCCCCAGGGUGUCUGCCCUGUCUGGCGACGGCGGCGCUGCGCUGAGCGACGCCGACCCCGGCUCUGGCAGCCUGCCGCCUGCCGCGCUGGGGGACGCUGAGCACAACCUGGCUGCCAUGCUGGUGCCGGAGCUGCCGGACGGCGCCGAUUGCCUGCGCGGGCUGGCGGCGGCCUGGGAUGCGCUGACCAGUGUGCAUGCUUCUCUGCCAAGAGGCAGUGGUGCCGACGUGGCGGGGGAGGGCCCCGCUGCCGGCCACCAGCAGACCGAGCAGCCUGCCGCCCAGGCGGGCGCUGCUGCUGGCGGCGAGGAUGAUGCGGACGGCCUGCGGCUGGAAGAACUGCUGCCUGAGCAGGUCAAGGCUCUGUUGUCGGGCUCCCCGGCUGCCCUGGGCGACCGCCAUUCCAGGGUGGCGGGCGUGGCGCAGGCGUGCAGCGCUCUGGUGCAUUCGGUGCCGCAGGAGCAGGCUGCCCCCUUGGCGGCGGCGCUGGUGUGCAAGGCGGUGGACAUUCAGGAGCCGCUGCCGUGGCCCCCGCAUCGCCUCCGAUUGCUCCGCAUUGCGGCGGAUGUGCUUCGCAGCGUGAGGAGCUUCCCCUCAGCUGCGGUGCCGGACAUCCUGCGCCCCCUGCUGGGUACCAUCUGCCGUGUGGUAGCUGCCGCAAAGGGCAGCCCUGCGGCUGGCGAGUGCACCCGUGCGAUGCAGCUGCUGAUGGGGCUGCUGCACCAACUGCUCCGCGGGCCCGAUGGGGACCAGGCCUGGCCUGCUGGACUGGGGCUGGACAUGCGUGAUGGCAUGUCGAGCCUGUUGCAGGCUGUCUGGGCCAUGGAUCGCUGGCCGAUUCCCGUAGUCACCCAGGCAACCGAGCUGACCAUGGAUCUGAUCGACGCCAUGGGCAGCGCCCGCUCACAGGAGCCUGCCAGUGGCAGAGACCACAGCAUGUCAGAGGGCGAGGACAUCCCCGCAAGCCAGCAGCAGCCCGGCCAGUUGGUGGAGGGAGAGGAUGGUGACAGCGGUCAGCUGGGUGGGGUCAGCCCUGUUGGCGGCAUCCCCGGCACCUGCAGACGCGAGCUGCGCUACCAGCAUCAGCCUGUGGAUGCAGCGUUGGUGCAGCUGCUGGCUCUGGCCACGUGCCGCACCUGGCACCAGCUGCACCUGGCUCUGGCAUGUUUGGCGGCGCUGGAAGCAGCAUCGUGGCAAGAAAGGGCGGCCAUGAACAACCCUGCUGUGGUGGCAUCGCUCCGCGCAUGUGUGGGCCAGCCGUGCGUGGCCGCCGCCGCGGAAGCGCUGCAGAGUGGGACGGCUGUCGCACUCAACGCCAACGAGAUGGAGGUCCCCGGUGCUGCUGGCAAGUUUGUGUUGCGUCGCCUGCAGGUGCCAGACGGCGAUAAAGUGCUGAAAGCGGAGCUGAUAGCCUUGCGGGCCAUUCGCGACAAGUUUGUGCGGGGGGCAGCACAUGUGGUGGCCACCGAGUUGGUCCUGCUGGUGCCGUUUGGACUGGCCGACCUGUCGUCCAGGAUCCGCUUCCUGGUGGCCUUCUCCGGCGAGGCACGGAAGGGCGUGAAGGGCCAGGGCCCCUUCUGGUUCAACCUGCAGCAGGCACGCCAGGAGCUGGGCAGGGAUGCGGAUGGUAUCAAGAUGGCCGCCGCAGCGCUGUCGCAAAUGAAAUUGGCAGGGCAGAGCGCGGCACACAUUAUGAUCUUUGCAGUGCACCCAGCAUCGCACCGGAUUUGGGCGGCAUGUGUGCGCGCCGAGCGUGGCAGCGGGCAAGUGCUGAGGUUGGAGCUGUUGGAAGGCCAGCACCGGUGA